UUUUAAAGGAUUAUCUGUGAUCUAAAUUCUCUCCUCUUCAAAUAAAAAUCUUCAUGUUUUUCUUAAAAAUAAAAUGACAAAAUUACUUAAAUGUAUAUAAUCCAUUACCCAUCUGCCACGUGGCAAUAUGGUUUAUCAUGGAAAGCUGAAAAUUCCAAUUUGCAAAUGAGCACCAAAAAUUGUAAUGAAAAUCCCAACUCUUCCAUUCAACUGAAAACUAAAAGAAAUCAAAACAGUUGAAGCUUUCAAAGUGUUAACUACCAUAAUUCAAGUAGAAGGUUAGAAUGAUGAUGGGAUCUUUACAGAAGAGCUUCCUCACAAACCCAUUAGCAGUCCAAACCCCCAAACCCAUACCCAAAACACCAAAUCUCUUUUUCAUUGUUUCCUGCAAAUACCCUCCAAAUGAUCAUCAAAAGCAAAAUGAUUCUUCAAGGAAAUUGGAUAAGCAGCUAGCAAAACUAGCAAUAGUGACAUUAGCAGCAGGAGUAUUGAGUUUAGGGUCAGUUGGUGAUGCUUCAGCUGCUAAGUCUGGUGGUCGUAUUGGUGGUCAAGCUUUUCGCUCUUCUGCUCCAAGACCUUCUGCUCCUAGAGCUUCUUCUCCUAGACUUAACUCAAGGACCAAUAUCUAUGUGAAUCCACCCGUAGCUCCACCACUUAUCGGUGGCUAUGGAUAUGGGUUCGGGUCCCCAUUCUAUGGUGGAUGGGGUUGGUCUCCAUUUUCAUUCUUUGCGCCAGGCCCAAGUGUAGCAGUUGGAGUCGGUGGUGGAUUUGACCUCAUCGUCUGGUUCAUGAUCUUUGGAGCAGUUUCGACUAUUGCUAGGAGAUUCUUCAGCCCAAGGGAUGAUGAUGAUGACGAUGACGAUUUUUAGAGGAUCACUGUGAGUUUUGUACUAUAAGAUGUAAGGAGGCCAGUCCAAAAUUCCAUAUGUAUAAUUGUAUAUGAAUGUUGUAAUCAGAGUUUUAUCCUGUGAGUCCAUAGCCCUUCCUUCCCUUUAAGAUGUAGGAGUAUAAUUCUUGCAACAUGGAAUCAUCUUUGAAAUUGUGUUUUUGCUGGGGAA